UUAAAAUUAAUGUAGGCAACCCAUUUGACGUUGAAACUUCUUAACCUUACUUGUUGACAAAUUCGUUAGUUGAGUCGUAAAUCAACGAAAUCGUUUAAAAUAAUGUCUGAAUAUACGGUUUUACCCUCAAAAUACAGUGGAGGUCCCCACGGUUUAGGUGAUCCGGAUGAUAGAUCCUUGAGAAAGGUAGAAAUCGAGGUUAUGAUACCAAAAAAAAUGCGUGAGAUAGCAAAAACAGAAAAAUGCACGGAAGAAGUAAAACAAUUCAGUGAAUGUUGCAAAAAUCAUAAUGUUCUAAUGGUUAUUAACUGCCAAAAACAAAAUGGACAGUUAAAAGAUUGCCUUACAAAGUGGUAUAACGAUGAUGAUUUUAAAAUGAGGUGUCGAGAGGAAUAUUUAAAAGAUAGAAGCCAGUACAGACGUACAGGAGUCCCUGUUAAUCAACAAAAACAAAGAUUACCUGUUAGUAUGUAACAAAAACGGUUUUUAUGUAAAAUUAGUUUGAAAUAAAUUAGAUUAUAUUGUUUAAUCUGUUAAUUUGAUGGAAUAAAUCGCCGAAAUACCACUUCAUUUACACAUAAACGAUUUAAACAAUCACAAGAUGUUAAAUUUACAUUUUCUGGGAGAAUAACUUGACAAAUUAAAAGUUCUUUUCCUGUUGUUUCUGCUAAACGAUAUAAACCAAUU